UCCACGAUCAGAGCUAUAGGUAAGUUGAAAAACAAUUUCUACGGCUUCAAUAUAUUUAAUAUAAUAACGUAUUAACUUGGAGAAGGCUUUAUACAUGGAUUUCACCCAAUAGUCGAAUUUCUAUAGCAUUUAUUGACUUUAUAUGGUUAAAGUUUAGAAAAGGAAUUACUCUUUGAUCGUGGGGUUGGUUUUUCGUGUUGGAUUUUUUUUCGUUUUGUUAAUUCUCGGUGUCACGAUUUAACAGGUUUUUUGUUAGUGGAUGGUGCUAAGGUUUCCAUGGAUAUUGAAUCAUAGUUGACUAAGAAGGAAUAACUGAGACAUUUGGAACAUUGGAUGUAAUGGAGUAAUUUGAAACAGUAUUUUCGAUUUCGUUCAUUGGAAGAACUAUAGGAUAUUUAAGCCAUGAUGAAGCCAGUGUAUUUAACAUUAUUAGUUUUAGUGCCUUUCAUUUCUUACGUUUCUUCUACAACCACAUCUUUAGUUUUAAAUAAUGCAAACAAUGUGGUGGCAGGGCAGUCGGCCACAUACAACUGUUCAAGUGAUGGAAAUGGCGUCAAUCCCACAAUUCAGUGGUCAAUAAGAACUACAGACGGAACUGUCGUCAGAAGUAAUGCGCAAUUAUCAUCGACGGUAGUGAGUGGGGCUUCCGUCGAUGACGGUGCUAUAAAGAGUAGUGUUACGUUCACGGUACAAUCAUCGUACCUCACUAAUCACAGAUUAUGGUGCAGUGCCGUGGACGCAGGUCAAAGUUCAGCUACUAUGCAGAUAUAUACGGCCAUAUCUGCUACAACAACCACAACAGCAAGUCUAGGAGGAACAUGUUCAUCCUCUACCACAUGCUCAACAGCGAAUGCUGGAUGUGUGAGCAAUGUAUGUAGAUGUAAUACCAACUAUUAUGAUACCAACGGGGACAAUAAUUCCGGUGGAAGCUGCAGUUUACAGGUCGGUUUAGGUGGAACAUGUACGGCUGGAAUUGAUGCAUCUUGUUAUACAAACAAUGCCAGGUGUAGUUCAACCAGCCCCUACACAUGUGUUUGUUCGAGCGGAUAUGUGCAGUCAGGCUCAUCAUGUGUAGCAGAUUCUGCAUUUUUAGGAGAAUCGUGUGUGAGUCCUACACGAACAUGUUUAUAUAACUAACUCAAA